AUGACUUGGGGCGACGUGAAAUUACAUAAAACGGUCUCUGGCGAGGAAUAUUUGGAAUACAACGAAAGGCAAACGAAAACACGCUCGGGGGAAAACACCAGAGAUGUGCGAAAAGUAACUCCAAAAAUGUUUUCCGUACAAGGAAAUAAAAGAGAUCCUAUUGCUGCGUACAAACUUUUUGCGGAAAAACGUCCGGCAGAAAUGAACAGCGACGAUAGCCCAUUUUAUCUUGCUGUAAACAAUUUAAAGAAACCUGAAUCCGUUUCAUGUAAAGCUUGGUUCAAAAAAGCCCCCGCCGGGGUUAAUAAACUAAAUUCGAUAAUGAAGAACAUGGCUGCGAAAGCUGGACUUACUACCAAAUUUACCAACCACAGCGGAAGGAAAACAAUGAUGCAGGCCUUGGUAAACCAAAACUUUCCACAUUAUUCAACUGUCGGGCCACAAGAACCUGCAGAGUGUUACUCAUUAUUCCACUGUCAACAAGUCACAGCAAAUGGAAAUGUCGAGAACUCUCAGUUCAGUUGCCACUGGAAAGCUGAGUCAUUUGUCUAA